CCGCAAAAAUAAUAAUACAUUACGCAAUUUUGUAAAAGGUAUUAUUUGGAAAGAAUAUCACUUCUCAAUGUACGAGAAUAUUAUAUCACAAGAAAUUAUAUAUCACAAGAAGAACAUCGCUACCAGUCUGUUAUUAUGAUAAUAAUGUAUCAUCGAUUAAAUAUUUUAUAUGAAGAGGGAAGUUGAGCGAAAUGUCGUUCGAAUAGAAAGACUAUAGACAUUACGAGAUUGUUGUUCUUAGAAUAUUAUUUGAUUCGUCAUAUAACGUACAGCAAAUAUUCGAUUAAAAACUUUUCAAGUAUUCAUUGAAGUUUGUACAACAAGUCGAUUGAAAUUUUCUGUUUGAUGUUGGGCAAGUGGAUGUUGAGAAGUGAUGUUGGGAAGAAAAGCGAAAUGCCUGUCAUGAAAUUAACGCUCACGGUUUUAGCGGUCGCAGGAUGCUGGCGACCAACAUCGUGGACGUCGCUGUUUAGACACAUAAUGUAUAACGCUUAUACAGCGUCAAUAAUUAUAAUUUUAUAUACAUUUGCAAUAACCCAAAUUAUGGAGCUGAUAUUUAAUACUGAUGACACAUUUGGUGAUGCCUUGUUCAACGUUUUGAUUUCACUUCUGGCUUGCUACAAGGCAAUCAUUAUACGGAUAUAUCACGACAGUAUUAUAAAAUUAAUUGAUACUCUCGACGAAAAACCAUUCAAACCAAUGAAUGCGAGUGAAAACAUAAUUCGAAAGAAGUUCGACAGGAGAAUAACGAAUAAUACAUUAUGUUACCUCGUCCUCAUUUUUGUAACUGUAUUUUACAUGAUUUUGCUUUCGCUAUUCACGGAUUUUAAGAAUGGAGCUUUAAUGUACAAAGCAUGGUUACCAUUUGACUACACAAUAUCUGCGCUAUUUUAUUUCACCUACGCUCAUCAGAUAUUAACUUUGAUAUUUAUCGGUCUGAUCCAUCCUACAUGUGACAAUUUAAUUUGCGGAUUAUUGUUGCACGUUUGCUGCCAGAUCGAGAUUUUAGAAUACCGUUUGUUAAACGUUGCAAAUGGUCGAGAAAAUCUACGCGAUUGCGUACGCCACCACAUACAUAUAUUUGAAUAUGCGUAUAUGUUAAAUGACAGAUUUGCCAAAAUAAUUCCUAGUGAGUUUGCAAUGAUCACUGUAGUAAUGUGCUAUAGUUUAAUUCAAAUGGCUUUGAAAUCGUCCAAUACCAUUUCUUAUAUACAGGAUAUAAUGGUUGUGGCUUCCACACUGGCUCCGAUUUUUUAUUACUGCUGGUUCGGAAAUGAAAUCAAGCUGAAGGUAGUAACUAAUUUAGUAGUAAUUAAUUAGCUAGUAACUAAUUUUAAUUUUAUACUUGUUAACUUAAUUUUACUUAUAUUAGUUAACUGAAAGAAAGUUGUGAAGUCAACGUUAUAUCUAUCGCUACGAAAAGAAGAAAGCGUAUUCAUACGCAAACACAUACACAUAAUCACCAUACAUACAUACAUGGUCUGUCCUUAAAGUAGUCGGACUGAGUCAAUUACAAAAUAUUUAUUGACAGAAAUAAUAUAUGCGCUCAAUAUUUGUCAAAGUAGGACCCUUCUGCAUCCACACACCGCUGGCAGCGGGAUUUCCAGCCCUCAUACGCUUCCUGGAAGGCGGCAGCCGGAAUGCUGUUAAGCUCCCUCGUCACGGCCUGUUGUAACGCUUCCACCGAGCCAUGAUGGUGUCCUUUCAGGACGGUUUUGAGGCGGGGGAAGAGGAAAAAGUCUGGUGGGGCAACGUCGGGACUGUAGGGUGGCUGAGGCAGGG